AUGGCUUCGCUCGUCGACCAGCAGCCCGAGUGGUCUGCCCAGCGCGUACGCGACACCUUCCUCGAGUACUUCAAGAAGAAUGGCCAUACCUUUGUGCCCUCGUCGUCCGUCGUGCCGCUGUCUGACCCCACUCUGCUCUUCACCAAUGCGGGCAUGAACCAGUACAAGUCCAUCUUCCUGGGCACCGUUGAUCCCAACUCGGACUUUGCUACUCUGAAGCGUGCUGUCAACUCGCAGAAGUGCAUUCGCGCUGGUGGCAAGCACAACGAUCUGGACGAUGUCGGCAAGGACAGUUACCACCACACCUUCUUCGAGAUGCUGGGCAACUGGAGUUUUGGUGACUACUUCAAGAAGGAGGCCAUUCAGUACUCGUGGGAGCUGCUGACCAAGGUUUACGGCCUGGACCCCGACCGUCUGUACGUGACCUACUUUGAAGGCGACAAAAACCUGGGCCUGGAGGCCGACGAGGAGGCAAGGCAAUAUUGGAAGGACGUUGGCGUGGCCGACGACCACAUCCUGAAGGGCAAUGCCAAGGACAACUUCUGGGAGAUGGGUGACCAAGGCCCUUGCGGUCCUUGCAGCGAGAUCCACUACGACAGGAUAGGCGGCCGUAACGCUGCUCACCUCGUCAACCAGGAUGACCCCAAUGUCCUUGAGAUCUGGAACAACGUCUUCAUCCAGUACAACCGCGAGCCUGACAGGUCGCUGAGGUCUCUGCCCAAUAAGCACGUUGAUACUGGCAUGGGCUUUGAGCGUCUGGUUUCCGUCCUGCAGAACAAGAUGUCCAACUACGAUACCGAUGUCUUUACCCCGCUGUUCAAGACUAUUCAAGAGAUUACCGGUGUGAGGGAGUAUCAGGGCAAGUUCGGUGACGAGGACCCCGAUGGAAUCGACACUGCUUACCGCGUCGUUGCUGAUCACGUUCGUCUGCUUACUUUCGCCAUUUCUGACGGCGCCAUUCCCGAUGCCGUUGGCCGUGGCUACGUUGUUCGCCGUGUCCUGAGGCGAGGUGCCCGCUAUGCUCGCAAGUAUCUGCACACCGACAUUGGGAGCUUUUUCUCCAAGAUCGUGCCGAAGCUUGUUGAACAGGUUGGCGACAUGUUCCCUGAAAUCAAGAAGAGGGAGCAGGACGUCAAAGAGAUUCUGGACGAGGAGGAACAGGCGUUUGCCAAGAGCUUAGACCGUGGCGAGGUUAUGUUCGACAAGUACGCCAAGCAGGUUGAGGCUAGCGGAAGCAAAAAGAUUCCUGGAAAGGACGUGUGGAGGCUGUACGAUACUUACGGUUUCCCUGAGGAUCUGACCCUCAUCAUGGCCGAGGAGAGGGGUCUUACCAUUGACGAUGCGGAGGUCAGAGAGGCGCAGGCCAUCGCGAAGGAAGCUAGCAAGGGCGCGAAGAAGACUGGUGCCAACGUGGUCAAGCUGGAUGUGCACGAUCUCGGUCAUCUUCAGGAGUCGAAGAUUGCUCCGACGGACGACUCGUUCAAGUUCGCGAAGGACAACAUUACUGCCAAGAUCAAGGCUAUCUUCCACCCGGAGAAGAAAUUCAUCAAAAGCACGAGCGAUGUCAGUGAGGGCGAGCAGAUUGGUCUAGUCUUGGACAGGACGAACUUCUAUGCCGAGCAGGGUGGUCAGGAGUAUGAUACUGGCAAGAUCUUGAUUGAGGGUGCCAACGAGGCUGCCUUCGACGUGCAGAACGUCCAGGUCUCGAACGGCUAUGUUCUUCACACCGGAUACCUCAGCUACGGUGCUCUUUCGCUCGAAGAUGAAGUCAUCUGCGAGUAUGAUGAGCUCCGUCGCAACCCAAUCCGCAGCAACCACACCGGUACUCACGUGCUGAACUACGCCCUACGUGAGGUUCUUGGGUGGGACAUUGAUCAAAAGGGUUCUCUUGUCGCUCCUGAGAAGCUGCGUUUCGAUUUUUCGUGGAAGCAAGGCGUCACUGAGGCCGAGAUCCAGAAGAUCGAGACCAUCUCCAACGGCUACAUUCGCGACAACCGGACUGUGUAUGUCGAGCCUAUCACCGUUGCCGACGCAUACAAGAUCCGCGGUGUCCGCGCCAUCUUUGGCGAGAAAUACCCUGACCCCGUCCGUGUCGUCUCCAUUGGUGUUCCUGUUAAGGAUCUCAUGGCAGACCCUGAGAACGAAAAGUGGGAGAAGCUCAGCAUUGAGUUCUGCGGUGGAACUCACGUCUCCAGCACGGGCGAGAUCAAGCAACUUGUCGUUGUCGAGGAGAGCGGUAUCGCCAAGGGUAUCCGUCGUAUCAUCGCCGUCACUGGCCAAGGUGCGUACGACGUCCAGCGCGUCGCCGCCGACUUCUCCAAGGAGCUCGAGCGCUUGGAGAAGAUGCCGUUUGGCCCCGAGAAGGAGGCUCUCCAGAAGAAGAUCCAGAACGAGCUGAACGAGCUCUCCAUCUCACUGCUCGAGAAGGAGAAGUUCCGCGCGCGCUUCACCGCGGUGGCUAAGUCGAACCUUGAGCAGCAGAAGAAGCUGAGCAAGAUUGUCAGCAAGAAGGUGCUGGACACAGUCACAGACUACUUUGCGCAGAACAAGGACGCCAAGUUCUUGGUACAGAAGCUCGACUAUGACCCGCAGCACACGAGCAAGGCAAUCACUGAGGCCAUCAAGCACGUUAGCACCAAGCAGAAGGAUAAGACAGUCUACCUGAUUGCUGGUGACGUCAAGGAGGGCAAGGUCGCGCACGGUUGCUACUUGGGUGAUCACUUCGAAACCCAGGGCGCUUCUGCUACUGAGUGGUCUAAGGCCGUGUCGGGAGCCGUCGGCGGCAAGGCUGGUGGCAAGGGCAAGACCUCCAUUGGUCAAGGUACCAACCCGGAGAAGUUGGAUGAAGGUGUGGAGCUUGCGACGAAGUACUUGGAGAAGUUCCAGAUCUAG